AUGGCCACUCCUACAGAGAUUUGCUCCUUCGCUUCGCCUAUAGGUCUGAACAGGCACCAUCUGGACAACCACACCACCACAAGGCGAGUGUCUUCAACUCCGGCACUGACGCUUGAUCAUCGACUGUCCCCACGUCUUCCCAAGAUUUGCCGCAGUGACUAUUUUAUAGCCCUUAAUGUGAACCAAAUGGUCCCGUCAUUACGUCUGCAUGCCGGUAUUGCGGCUGUAACUCGAACUAUACGCAUGCGGUCCAAGCCAAGUGGCGACGGCCGCCCCCCCCCUGGGGCCUUCGGAAUUGAGUCGCGCGAUGCGAAUGGGUUCGAGUGA